GCAAAUAUGCUAUGCUUUGAGGUUACGUUGUUUCUUUGGAAAAUACAAUAAAAUAAGAAAAGUAUAAGAAAGCAAUGGCUCAUUUGAUACGUGCGGUAGGAUUCAAACCUGUAGGUGUGAUAACUAGGAACUUUAACAAAAUCGUAAUUACGGACGACGGAUCUACGAUAGUUGCACUUCACAGAGACCAAGAAUUUCCAUAUGAACAUUCAAGACCUCUUCCUGAUGAAGUUAAGGACGAAUCUAUCCUGAGAAUGUCUGAUUACAAGGAGGUGAAGAGAGUUUUCUAUAAUGUUAAACCGGAGAUAGCGAGGCAACACUUAUCUGCAAUGACACUGACUACGAAGCACCGCUGGUUCCCGAGAGCGAGAGACAAGAAAGCUAAGAAUACUGAAAUGGACAGGCCGUACUUGUAAAAAAAAUAUAAACAAACAUGAAUUCUUGUAUAGAUUAACUUAAUAGAAAAUACUUUAAGCUUUGAGGAGCAUGCAUUGUAUAGGAAGUAGCAGUAACAUUAUUUUAGGUGAAUAAAAACUGUUUCCGAAAUAAAA